GGAAAAGGUGAUUCAGCAGAAAAGAGGGCGCCAAAACAGCGGAUCGGUUUAAUACGGUUUUUGGUAUCUUGCCGUGCAUGGCGAGGUUCAUUCCUUCUCUGUGCCGCACACUGUCGUAAUUCAGAGGUGCCGCAGACUCUCUUCCUCUCUCUGCCGUCACUGCCGCUGCGCCGGACUCCCUUUGCGUAGAAGUAGACCUGGGGAGACGCCGCAACUCGACCUAAUCUAUUAUUAUUAUUGUUGCUGUUAGCUUUCUUCUCUGCUGCGAGAGUCAAAUGGGCGCAGAAUGCUCUUCUGAGGUGAAGGAGAACCCGAAGCAGCAGUCCCCUGUCGCACAACGGGAGUUUCAGCCCGUUGGCAGCGCCGUGCCCUCCCCUGUCGUCUCCUCCUUCACCUCCGGCAGCAAUAGGCAGUCGCGACGCAAGUGCGAAGGCAGCCUUACUACCGACGAGGACGGCGACGAGGACAAGGGCUCGUACGAGACGGGGUGCUCGGGCCGCCACAGCCUCUCGGGGUUCGUGCCCACCAACAAAGUUACGAGGUGGUUGAAGAGUGUGCCUCCACCGGAAAGGCUGACACCGGUGCCGGAGCCGGAUGUGUGGUCCGACGGGGAGCGGGAGGAGAGGGAUUGGAUCCGCACGGAGGGCGAUCCGAUAGACCCUGCGGCGGAACGGUGGGACGCCCCACAUUACGUGUCCGCCCUCGGUAUUCGUAGCGCGUCAGAGCAGCUAGAAGCGAAGAGAGCGAAGGAGAAGCAGCGCAAAGCGCAGGCGAAGGCUCGAUGUCAGUGA